AUGGCUUCCCCGCCAGAAGCAAUAAAAAAAGACCCCCUGGAAGCCCAUACACAUCUCUUAGAAUGGGUUUGCAGCCAGGGUGGGCACAUAAAUGAUAGCGUGUGUAUAGCCCAUGACGACCAGCGCGGCGUCCAUCUCCAAGUGAAAGCCGACUGGCCCACAACAGUACCAAAGGAGACACGGGUAAUCAAUGCACCGCUAGGCGUGACAAUGUCUUACUUCAACGCAGUAGACUACAGCUCCGCGAAGGGAUCUUUCUCUUCCCAUGGCGUGAAGCUACCGCAGGCCUUCAUUGAUGACGUGGGAUUGGCAGAGACCAUGACUUUCUUCCUCAUCGCCCACUUUCUGCGUGGAGAGCAAAGCUUUUGGUACCCGUAUCUACAGACUUUGCCUCAGCCCGGCCAGAUGACGACGCCGCUGUUCUUUGGCGAAGAGGAUGUGGAUUGGUUGCAGGGGACGGGAAUCCCGGACGCUUCGGUAUCGAGAUAUCGGGAUUGGGACAAGCAGUAUGAUUUGUCGAUCGAGAAGUUAGAGCAGGCUGGAUUUGAGGGUUUCGAGGCGUUUACUUGGGACUUGUAUCUCUGGGCAUGGACAAUUCUCACCUCUCGCGCAUUCUCCGCAAAGGUGCUGUCAAGCGCUGUAGAGGACGCUGAUCUCCCGGAGGAGGGUAUCUCAGUGCUUUUGCCGCUCAUUGAUCUGCCUAAUCAUCGACCAUUGGCAAAGGUCGAGUGGAGAGCAGGCGAAGAAGAUGUCGGCAUGAUUAUUUUAGAAGAUGCCUCGCCAGGUCAGGAGAUUUCAAAUAAUUAUGGCCCGCGAAACAAUGAGCAAUUGCUCAUGAAUUAUGGAUUCACUAUCACCAACAAUCCAACUGACUACCGCAUUGUAAAACUGGGCGUGGCACCAGACAGUGCACUUGGCGAGGCGAAAGCUCGUCAGAUCCAGAUGUUCCCUCAAAUAGCCGCGAAGACUGACGACCAUUACUACAUCUUCAAUGUGUCCUACCCACUUCUCGCACCCCAGGGUCCUAUGGAGCACGCAAUUAUCUCACCUGCUCUGCUCAAUGCCCUUACAAUCAUGGAAGCAAAUGAUCGAGAGCGCAAGAAAAUCCUGAUCGAAGAAACAAGCAUCUCAAUUCAAGAAACCUACGGUACCAGCCGCAGUACACUGGCAGCACUUUCUCAGACCUGCCUUGAGCUCAUCGCGCACAUUCUCCAGCUGCAAGCCAGCGCUCAAGACCUGCCUUCAGAGCCGGCAAACCUCAAACAGAUAUUUGCAAAAAUCUACCGCGAAGGUCAAAUAACGAUAGACAAGACUGCACUGAUCAUCGCGUCUUGGACUAUCGCUCGGGCGCGGGAGCAUGAACGCGACGAGAGCUGGGAGGGUACCAAGGCUCUGUUGAACGAACACAUAUCGAAAAUCCCACCUGGAACUUUUUCUGAUGAGAUUUUGUCUCGGACAAAGGUGCGCAUUAUCGAGCGGCAAUCACUUAUCCCGAAGAACGGUGAACUAUUUCGACUUGCAGAGCUCUUCCGCCUCCUGCCGAAAGACUUGCAGGUACCAAGUCAGAAGUACUUCAUAGGUCGUGUUGCAAAUGGGCCAUGGAGUACAGAUCCACAAGUGAUGUUUGCUCUCGCAAUUAACUUCUUGGUUGCAACGGCCACAACUGAAGACCAGGAGGUACAGCCUCUGCUUUCCUCGCGGUUGACUCAAUGGGUGGAGUUUUUGAUUAAUGUGUACCCAUUGCCCACGGGAGGUGCUGAUGAGCGCGUCUCAGCUGCUCAGCAACUUCUACAAGCUCUCUCGAAGGACAGAGAUGGUUUCCUUCAAUUGGCUGAGCAGGAUGGAGUUACCUGGUUACCCUCGGCUAGCAAAUGGUUGUCUCCGGAUUGGCUACAGUGGGCGUGCAUAGUGGGCGAUGCGGAGCGGGUGUUAAUUCCCGUUGAGCCACUGCAGGUGUUGGUGACGGACGAACCAACAAUGGCGAAGCAGGCAGUGCUAUAUGUGCCGCAGUUAUAA